CAACUCGAAACGCACGUAGACUCUCACACAGACACACGAGGGAGAAAGAAGCAAACUUCUUGUUUUGUUUGUUAUCGGAGCGAGGAGAGGCUGGUAAAACCGAGUCCGGCCAACAUUUCUGCCAAUUGAACGUUUCGAGCUGAGCUUAUUAACCACUCGAAUAAUCUGCAAUUGUCUAAAAAAGGUGUGUCACAGUGGCCCACAGCUAAAGGAGCAGCAGCAGCGAUUUCUACUCAAUUUAGUGAGACGUUGGCCUCACUCUGGCCAACCAGAACAGCUGGCUUUGCUGGCCCCCCUCCUUGGGGGUGCGUUGGGAGUUGAGGAUUUUCGGUGCUCACAGUGACAACAUAGAAGCUGCUGGCCAUCCACCUCAAGAAGACAACAACAGACAGCAGAAUCAGCAACAGUUAGUCAACCGUCGACGACGUCAGAGACAAGCCGUCGUUGCUGCAGCUGGUCCAGUGAAUCGCCACAACAACAACAACGUGGCGGUGGCUCAUCCGAGGAAUAACGAACAAGAACCACAAGCACCGGAACGACAACAGAGGAAUCGUCGUUGGAUGGCAAACGGCCAGCACUCUACUUGGUUUCAAGGUAUUCACUCCAUGGGCCACUCGCUAGGAUCGUCCUCUUCGGACGGCCCGUCUUCAUCUUCAAUCAAGGAUCCGUGCAGAAUGGUCAAGACAUUUCAGGCGUAUUUGCCAGAAUGCUGCCACCGCACCUAUUCGUGCGUUCACUGUCGGGCCCAUUUGGCCAAUCACGACGAACUCAUUUCCAAGUCGUUCCAGGGCAGUCAAGGACGAGCCUAUCUCUUCAAUUCCGUGGUGAAUGUGGGUUGCGGUCCAGCCGAGGAGCGUGUCCUGCUCACGGGAUUGCACGCCGUCGCUGAUAUCUAUUGCGAGAGCUGCAAAACCACCCUCGGGUGGAAAUAUGAACAUGCAUUUGAAUCGAGUCAAAAGUACAAGGAAGGCAAAUUUAUUAUCGAAUUGGCCCACAUGAUCAAGGACAACGGAUGGGAAUCGUAAAAAUCGCUAAACCCUAAAAGUCUUUCGUUUAUUUUCGGUUUAGGGACAGCAAAAAAGGAUUGAAUUCUGUUUGGUUUUGCCAUCAUUUGCGCAUAGUUUUUCGUUCCGCCUUUUUAUUAUUUCCCUUUCAAGUUAAUCGCCCACCUCAUUUGAUUAAUUUCCGUAUCAUUCUUGAUCUCUCUCUUAAACUCUACUCUCUCACUUGAUUUGAUAAUCGAUGACGUUUGAUGCCCCCAAUUAGAAAUUCGCGGAAUUUUCUUUCUUUUUUAGUUAUGAUUUAGUCCCUCCAUUGAUUAUGAGAUUCAUGGGGGAGUCCACGGGAUCACUUUGGUUAAAGAAAAGAUCAAUGUCUAUGUUUAAUUUUUUAACUGUUUGUGUCUUAUAAUCGUCUAUUUGAAUGUUUUACUUUUAUUAGACGUUCUCUCUUGUGUCGCAUCUUAUAUACAUACCCACACCCCCAAAGAGAAUCGCUCCCCCCGUUCCUCGUCUACACGAUCCCAGAAAAAAAAAUUAUUUCAAAUUCUCUCGGAAAGAAAAACACGCGACUCCUAGUCAUUUGAAAUCUGUCGGAUUGCCUGGCGCUUUGACGACUCUUGCAUUUUCUCCCAGUCUUUAUCCCUCUCCUUUUUUGUUAUCCUUUUGGUGAUUGAAGGAUCGCGUAGAAAAAAAAAGAAAUUUCAAAAUCAAGAAAAGCUUAAUUUUAAAGAUAAAAAUAUUUCCCUUCGCUCCUGCUUUUUUGAAAAAAAGAUUAACCCCUUAAUUGUUUUAUUUUCUUCGGUUAAUAAUCACCCUCUAUUCGGUAUCCCGAGUCUUUCACAACAAAAACACACUCACACUUGUACGAUUCAUUAAUAUUUACCUAGUACUCCUUUUCCUUAGUACAUUGAAAAAAGUGACUAGUAGUAAUCUACAUUUGUUUCUAUCUAGAAAAAUCAUUGGGGAAAUCUUUUAUUUCUUGACAAGAAAAAAUUCAAAGAAAAACAAAUUCGGGUAAUUCAAAUCGGUGGAUGGGUGGUGUCUUUUGUACCUCUUGUUACCUACCGUCUAAUGUCAAACUUCACCUUCAUUUAAGAAAAUCUGUAUGCAUAAAUAUAUAUUAUACUGUAUUAUUAAUUACCUUCAAACCAACUCUGGUGUUCUCUCGCCAGUGAAAUCGAAAAAAAAAAAUAAAAAAAAAAAUUUAAAAGUC